CAAUCAAAAUUGUUGAUAUCUUACCUUAUUUAGUUAUUUACAGAUUUAUUGAUACAUUUAAAGAUUAUAAAAUGAGAUCUUUAUCUAUCCAGAUAACAAAAUCUAAAUUAAUCUAUUACAGUUAAUUAUAUUAUUAUACUUUCCUAUUUUUUGCUUGACACAUACAAUGUUCUAUCCAGUCUAUUAUAAGCUUCUAUACGUGGCGAUUUUUUUAAAAAAAAAAAAAAAAAACCAGGAUGUGUAUCGGUACAAAUUUUUACAUGAUUGCCCAAAUACCUAUAAAUACAUGUUUUCAGAGAUUCACUUUUGUCCAAAAAUAGAGACACUAUUUGUCUCUCAAAGCCUUCAUUGACAUUUGUCUCAUGUUUUGUCAAAAAUUCUCAUCAUCUCCACUUUCUUCCAAAGCUCACUAUACGACAUAGACUACCUCCUACCGCCACCCUUUCAACCCACAUGUUCCUUAUUAAUCAACCCCUUCUUCUUUUCAAGAGAUACAUUUGUUAAUCCAACCUUAAAUUUUUCUCACAAUUUUUCUUUUUUUUUUUUUUAAAAAAAAAGUACUCAAAAUUUCUAGUGAUCAUCUAGGUGUUUUCUUUUUCUUCUUUUAUAACCCAAAAAAAAAAAUGGUCAAAAUGUCUACCCUUUCAGAGGCUUACAAGGAUCAUCCUGUGAAACAAAAUCUUAUCGUUCCUCUUGACUUUACCUCAGUCAAAAGUGUUCCCGAAUCUCAUGCAUGGGCACGAUGUUAUGAUGAUCCAAAAAUCAACCCUAGUGACAUUGACAAAUCGUGGUCUUCAAUCUCUGUCCCAGUGAUUGAUCUCGACGAUCCUAAUGUUGUAAACCUUAUUUUUAAGGCGUGUGAGACUUGGGGUAUGUUCCAAGUCACGAAUCAUGGGAUUUCAAAACAAGUACUCGACCAAGUCGAGUCUCAAGCCAAAAAUUUAUUCAAUCUCCCAUUCGAGCAAAAGAUGAAGGUUGUACGACCCCCCAACGGAGCUACCGGCUACGGAUAUCCUCGAAUCACUCCUUUCUUUAACAAGCUAAUGUGGAAUGAAGGGUUCACUAUCAUGGGUGACUCCUUGAAUAACAAUGCUAAGAUACUUUGGCCUAAUGAUUUCCAAGAUUUUUGUGAAGUGAUAUCAGAGUACCAAACAAGGAUGAAGGACCUCGGUAACAAACUCAUGGAUCUACUUCUCAAAUCACUCAACAUACCCGAACCCAUUUUAGAAGGAAAAGAUCAAGACCCUUGUACUGCAUUGCAACUCAACUCAUAUCCGACAUGCCCUGACCCGACCCAAACAAUGGGUCUAGCCCAACACACCGACACCUUUCUCUUUACAAUCCUCCACCAAAGUGGCAAUACAAGUGGGCUCCAAGUACUAAAAGAUGGGCUCGGAUGGGUCUCGGUUGACCCGCAUCCGGGUGCUUUAGUGGUGAAUGUGGGAGAUCUUUUGCACAUAAUUUCAAAUGCAAGAUUCCCAAGUGCAAUUCAUAGGGCAGUUGUCAACAAUGAAAAACAAAGGCUAUCCUUUGCAUAUUUCAUUGGCCCUCCUUUAGACUUUGAAGUCUCUCCCUUUUUGGAUUAUCCAAAUUGUGACGGUCCUUAUUUCAGGUCUUUGAAGGUGAAGGAAUAUGUUAGCAUUAAGUCUAAGUACCUUGAUUUGGCACUCUCCAUUGUUAAGAAAAGUGGCUAAUUAGUAUAAAUUAGAGUAAAAGACAUGUUUAAGUUUUCCUUCCUUGGUUUUAUUUGGAAUUACAAUUAAAGGGUUGGAAAACCAAAUUUGUACUUUGGUAAAGUAAAUGAGUAUGCCAUUGCGUCUUGUCAAAAAAAAAAAUAUAAAUAAAUAAAAAUUGAGUAUGCCAUUGAUUAUCCUUACAUUACUUGUUUAAUUAUAUUAUUAUAUAUUCUAAUAAUUUAUGCUUAUCCAAUGUGUUGAAACCAUGCUCAAAAAAUGAUUUUUGUAGUUUAUCCCCCGCAAUCAUAAAAUCUUGAAUCAUUUACUAAUUUCUUCGUCUCUAAAUAUUGUUCCUAAUUUGACUUAUUUUUGUAAGCACUAGGAACAAUAUUUAGUAGGUACAUGUUUUAAUUACUUUGAUAAAAAUAAAAUAAAAACGUAAAAAUUAAACUAAAACAAAAGGGAAAAAAAAAAUCAGAAACAACAUAACAGAAACACGUCUACGGCAAUAAUGAAAUUACCAACAUAAACGUAAUAUUUGACACAAAAUGGGACAUAAGUUAGACCUAUAUUGGCUUGUUAUUUAACUUGUGAAAAUAAGUACUCAAUAUUUUGGAAAUAAAAGAAAAUUUGACUAGUAAUGUAGGAAUAACUUUAAUUCAUCAAACAACACAGUCAACAUUAAUCCAACUAAUAAAAUAUCAUAUAAAAAAAGAAAGAAAGAAAAGAAAAAAAGGAUCUGAUACCAAGCAGACAAUCAAUUACUCCGUAAUGAUUUUAUGGUUUUAAAGCAAACAAACAAGUUAUAUUAGAAACAAAAGAUGAGAUUAUUAUAUACUUCGUAUAUAAAAAGGAGGCCUUGUACUGUACACAAACAAAUCAACUAAAUAAGGUUAGGUUGUAGUCUUGAAAGAAGACGGACCUAAUAUUUUUGUAUCUCUUAAAUAAUCAGGCCGGCUAUUCAAAAAAAAAAAGUAAAAAAAAAAAAAAAAAAAAAAAAAAAAAACAGACCA